UCGGUCGCACAGUGACGUCUUACAUUUCGCGGGCAGAAUCAAAAGCACGCAGUUUACUGUCCAGUCAGCAAGCAAAACUCGGCAGUAACACAUCACCAGUGGUUAUGCAGAGAAUCAGUCGUCUGAAGCGGGAGCUGCAGCUUCUCAGUGCUGAGCCUCCUCCAGGAGUCUCCUGCUGGCAGACUGAGGGACGGGUGGAAGAACUACAAGCCCAGAUUGUUGGAGGUGCAAACACUCCCUAUGAAGGAGGCGUGUUCACACUGGAAAUCAACAUACCUGAGAGGUAUCCAUUUGAGCCUCCAAAGAUGCGUUUCCUGACACCCAUCUAUCACCCCAACAUCGAUAAUGCAGGACGCAUUUGUCUUGAUGCUCUGAAGCUGCCACCAAAGGGAGCUUGGAGGCCAGCACUCAAUAUUUCAACAUUGCUCACCUCCAUACAGUUACUGAUGGCCGAACCGAACCCCGACGACCCACUCAUGGCGGAUAUAUCCUCAGAAUUUAAAUACAACAAACCACUAUAUCUAGAGAAGGCAAAGAAAUGGACGGCUGAACAUGCAAUUCAGAAGAACAAGGGUUGUGUGGUGACAGAAGAAAAGACUCCCGAGAAUAAAAAUAAGAAAACUGCACACAAGAGAGAGGCACUUAGUGCACAGGAGAAUUUAGAGCACACCAAGAAAGUAUGCAUGUAGUAGGCCUAUAUUUUGCAAAUGAAUGAU